CCUCAUUGAAAUCGUUCCGUUGGUCGCUUUUACCCCCAAACCUCAUCGGCUUUGUCCGUCCAGAUUAGGAUUCAUCUGUGUUGUAUGAUAGGCAUGAUAGAUUGAAGUUGAUAGGAGCUUCUUCAUUGAGACCAUGUUCAAUUCAUUUUCCUUUUGUGCGAUUCAGAUCUAGUUGUUUUGAAUAGGUUUGUUUGAAAAAUCCUAAUUUUUCUUGGAGCCAAUACUUUUGUUACAGUGGGUUUCCCCACCUCAUGCCUUUCCUUUCCCCCAUUGUACAAUUCGUAGGAAAAUUGAGUUUGUCUUACAAUUUGGGGUUCUCUUCACGGUACUCGAUUUUGGGUGUCACUGAAAGUUCUUUGCCCUGUCUUCGCUACUAAUGGUAGUUUUGAAGAAGGAAACAUGCCUUCCCUGUUGAAGAAUUUGUGAUGAAAGGCAUGCCUGAGGAUCCAUCUCCGUAAUUGGGUUGGACUGCGUUUAAUUACUGAAUUGUACAGUGGUCCCCAACUAUUGCCUUGGUUCCAACUUGUCUGUCAUGGUUUCAUCGAGAAUCGCAUUUCACCUUGGAUACUAGUUGGAUCCACCGUUCUAUUUCAUUACUGUGGUUGAAACCAUGGAGGGAUCCGGCAAAUUUGGAGAAAAAGUACUGGAAGAAGCAAGCAUGAACACUCUGUUGGACGAAAGUCCACCAAGCAGCUUAGUGACCAAGACCCAGAAACAAACGGAAGAGGGAAGUGUUGCUGCUGAAAAGUUUAAUGCUAGUGUAAUAGCUAACGAGGUGAAGGGUGUUAACGUUGCUUUGCUAGCACUAGCCAGUACCGUAAAUCAAGCGAUGGGCUUGUACAAGGAUCUGGAUAGUCGUGUAAAUCAGGUGCAGAAUGUACAAACUGAAAUGAACAAUAAGCUUGAAAGGGUGGAGAAGUAUAUGAUUGCUAGCGAUAGUUCAAGACUAGGGAAAAAAUAUGUCUUGUCUACUGAUAGAAGUGUAAAGGGAACUUGUAAGACCCAAAAAGCAGGAAAUAAGAAGGCUGCACUUAAGAUUCUGCAAGAUGAUGUCAUAAAUGUUGAUACAGAUGUUUCUGAUGAUGAAAAAUGUCCUAAUUAUCCUACUGCACAGCCCUCUGGUGGAAUGGGUAAUUGUAUCCCUUCACAAAAUGAGCAACCAAAACCCACCAUCAAUCCUAGGUUUCAAAGGAAUUUGCACACUGUUGGCUCAACUCUGGGACCGAUUGGAGCAUUUCGUAGGAAAGAAGAAUCACAACCGCUGAAGAACUCGUUCCCAACUCCACCCUCCAUAACAACAUCUUCGAAGGUCCGUAAACUUGAUGCAAGUGUUGGUCCUUCCACUAAAGAAAAAAACUCCAAAGCUUCGGGCGGAGCUCAGAAGACUAAAACGUCAUCCGUUCGGAUUCGAACAGGACAAAUAUUGCCACAGAGCGUGCUGACUAAAUUCAGACCUAAACCUGAGAUGUUGUUGUCCAAGUCUCAACUGCAAAUGUCUGCAUAUUUAUUCCAUCCUGAUAAAGAUAUUGAGGAACCAUUGCUUCGAAUGGGUACUACAGUUGUAGCAAGAAAGGACUUUGACUCUUUAAUGUCUGGAUGCCCCGUCACUGAAUGGAUCAUGACACUUAUCACCAUGAAGAUAACUUACUCCCAAAGUGAUUCGCUUGAUGAGACUGUUUGGUGUUUACCUCCUUCAUUUGCGGUGGAUGUCAGCCUCGGUAAAACUAGUGAUGAGUUGUGUUUGAAAUAUUCCACACCCUGGAUAUUGCCAUAUGACACACUUAAAUAUGUUUACAUUCCCAUCAUGAAUGAUGUCUGUCAUUGGUUCCUAAUGGUGAUCAACAUAGAACAACAUGUUGUGUACCAAUUUGAUUCCCAUCUGAAUGUUGAAGACAUCGCUGGAAGAUAUGGAACAAUUAAUACACUGCGUGAGGUGCUUUUUGAUAUGCUGGCAAACUCAAAGGAUCAUGCAAGUGAUUUUUUAAGGGAAUCAUUAAUUACCCAUCAUGGCAAUUCAAGGAAGCAAGGGGAAUUCCCAAUACUGGAAAGAGUGAUAAUUCUGCUUUGUGGGUGCUUAGUUGGUUAGAGAUGGAGGUUGGGUUUCAACCCAAUCAGAAAGGCAUGAUCGAUGACGAUACUGUUCGUAUGAAGACAGCGAUUAGCUUGAUAAGUGGAGAGCAUAAUGCCAUUCGAAGGUCUGUUGACGAAAAGGCAAAUGUGUUUUGGCAAACACUACCUAAACGCUGAAGUCUGAAGUCUACCUUAGAUAUUGGAGAAUCACAUUUUAUGGACUGCUAACAUAGAAGGGCACAUGAAUGCAAAAUUCACCAGGGGUUGGAUAUUAAUUUUUUGGUGUGUUGAUAUACAAGUUCGCUGAUAUAAAAGUUCAUAUACAUGCAGUACGCAGCAUAAUGAUUUUGAAGUAUAUAUUGUAUAGUUUAACCAGAUAUGUAAUGGUUGGGGUUGGGGUCACCUUUUUGUGAAUCACAGUGGUGAAUGUGUUGCAGAACUCUGUGUGUUCCAUGGAUUUGGUUGUCAAUAUUGACACCACUAUGUAAUGAAUCAUUUGUGAUGGACUAAUUUGUUAUAUUUAUUUUUCUAUAA